AUGGCAGCUUCAGGAGCAGGAAAAGCUCACCAAUCCCUCAAUGUCUUCAAGAAACCCCUCGGGCUCUUCAGCAAGCAGCCAAUGACAGGUUUCUACCGCAACGGCUACUGCGAUGUAGGACCCGACGACACAGGAAACCAUUCAGUCGCCGCAACACUCACCGACCCAUUCCUCGACUUUACCGCCUCCCGCGGCAACAACCUCCGCAGCAUCGGGCUCACCGCAGGCUGCAAAUGGUGUCUCUGCGCGGCCCGCUGGAAGGAAGCUGUAGACCAUGCAAACUCGAACGUUGAGGCUGGGGAUGGGGCGAAGGCGAGUGUGGUGCCGAAGGUGCAUUUGCAUGCUACGAGUGAGAAGGCUUUGGAUGUUGUUGGCUUGGCGGAGUUGAAAAAAUAUGCUGCAGAACCAGAGGUCGGUAAUGCAAGUAAUGUUGCGCAAGGUAGUGGAGGCAUGGGCGGUGCUGUGAAGGAGAGCACGGAGAUGAGUGGAAGAGGAAGUAUGACUACCAGGACCCAGAGUGGCACAUAG